AUGUCUACCAUCACGCGAAACGCCCUCCAGUCCUCCUAUCCCCCGAAGGAGCAUAAGGACUUCAACGCCAACCAGCCAAAGACGAUACGCCUCUACCCGCUAAGCAACUACACCUUUGGCACAAAAGAGAACCAGCCCGAAGAAGACCCUUCAGUGCAUGCGCGUUUGGAGCGUCUGAGGGAACACUAUCAAGAGCAUGGCAUGCGCCGGACGUGCGAGGGCAUCCUCGUCUGCCACGAGCACAACCAUCCACACAUCCUGAUGUUGCAAAUCGCCAACGCCUUCUUCAAGUUGCCCGGCGACUACCUCAAACCCGAAGAGGACGAGAUCGAAGGCUUCAAAGCACGACUAAACGAGCGUCUUGCACCAGUCGGCUCGCAGUUCUCCGGCGAAGGCGUCAACGACGAGUGGCAGAUUGGCGAUACACUAGCACAGUGGUGGAGGCCGAAUUUCGAGACGUUCAUGUAUCCGUUCAUACCGGCACAUGCUACGCGGCCGAAAGAGUGCAAGAAGCUGUACUUCAUCCAACUGCCUGCGAGUAAGGUGCUCAGCGUCCCCAAGAACAUGAAACUCCUAGCUGUCCCCCUUUUCGAGUUAUACGACAACACUCAGCGCUACGGCCCGCAGCUUUCGGCUAUUCCGCACCUGCUCUCCCGAUACAACUUCGAGUUCAUGGACGAGAGCGGCAACGUCGUCGCCAUAACGCCCGGAACAGGGCCGAAAGGCAGCGCUCCGCAGACGCAAGUCCUAACGGGUGGAGACCAAGACACUCCAGCGACUAUGAACGGAGACACACAGUGA